UGUAAUGUUUGUUGUUUUGCUGGUCAAAUCUUUCUGUGAGUUAAACUAUUCAAUGUUUACUACUUUUAUAUAGCUAUUCCAGUAGAAGCCAGCUGAGAAGGAGAAACUUUUAACUUAGCUAAGAUGUCCAUGGACAACAGAAAAAGGCCGGUGGGUUCCUCCAACACUGGAAACUUGGUUUGCUGGUCCUCCCCGUUUCCGCGUCAACCUGCCAGGGUCCUGAUUGUGGAGGCACUGCCACCCUGGUGGUCAGAGACCUGUAUGGUGCUCUGUGAUGCUCUGGAUAACUUCCUGUCCCUAGCCUGUAGUCUGGAUGGACCCUGUAGGAUACCACUACUCAGCCUGUAUGCCAUCAGCAGACAGCAGGAAUGUCUACUGCCCUUUGUGCAGGUUCGUGGUAACCUGGCCAGGCUGCGUUCCUGUGUUGAGGAGCUGAGGACAAUUCCAGGUGAAGGCUGUAUCAGAGGAGCAGCCAGAGGAGGAGAGCUGCUGCGGCAGGCAGUGCUGGACAGUCUGCAGCAGUUCAAACAGUACAUCAGACAUACCAGUGCUGGCAGCCAGGCCAGCAACAGCAUAUCUGUGGAGAUCACUGUUAUGACCAGCCAGCCAGGGCAGGGCAUUGUUCACCAGUUGGAGAUGGGGCUCAAAGAUGCUGACCUGGUGUCACUAAAGCGGCUCCUGGUGGUGCAGAUCUACAAUGCGGCAGACUGGGGUCAGGACAACCCCUCACCUGAAGCCACGCAGACUGAGGCUGAAGACUCUCUGAUGUUGGGAACAGAGGUUGAUCUGCAGCGGGUGGAAAACAGCGUGCUCGCCAUGGAGAUGGUAUUUAAGGCUUGGCUUCAAGAGCAAGCAGGAGACAGAGAGCAACUGCAUCUCCUGCUGCCCAACCCUCUGGAUAGUCCCAUUCCAGUGUGUGUGAAGUGUGACAUGCAGGAGCGUCUGAUAAGCCCAGCCCUCAUCCCACUGAACCCCAACCUCGGAGUGAAGACUGAGAGCAUCCGGGACUUCCUGCCUGCCACUAAGGGAUCAGCCAAUCAGAGCCAGCAGCCGCAGAGACUGAAAGCAGUCAAGAAUCUGCGUGCAGACGGAGUGUGUGAGAGUGUGUUGUAUGGCCUGCCGCUGGUGAUCCGCCCAACCACCUGCUGGCAGCUGGACUGGGAUGAAAUGGAGAGCAACCACAACUUGUUCCACGCUCUCGGCCACACACUCAGGAGUCGUGACUUGUUCCUGCUGCUGCAGGUGGAGCCCGCGCAGAGGUCCACAGCAGGAGGCCCAGGUGUGUAUUCUCACUACAUCCUCCAGCCGUCCCUGUCUCUGUCCCUCCUGCUGAAGCCUGUGGUCUCCAAAGAGCUGCUGCUGCCCUGCUCUCUACCUGUCUCCACUCAGGAACCUGCACCUGAUGCCAUGCACACUAUACAGGGUUGUCUCGCUCAGCUGGAUGAGGAGUGUGUGUUCAACCCUCUGUCUCUGAGCAGUAACCUGUACCAGCACCUCAGGAGCAGAGGCCUGCUCUCACAGCCACGAUACCCAUACAGGCUGCAGCCAGCAGCCACCCACAGAGACCAGUCUCAACCACUAGAGGGCCCCAAAGCCACAGGCAGCAGACAGCAGCGGCAGCCACAAAACCAGGGUCGCCAAGUGGGAAUGAACAGCAAGGUCAGGGCCACUGUGGCUCCUCUGCCCUCGUCCUCCUCCCACUCCUCCUUCCUGGGACCUCCUCCUGCUAAGGCCUCUCGUCCAGCUCUGAAGCUCCUUAGCAGCAGUGGGAGAGGAAGCCGUCAGGCCCCAGCCCCUACUCGACAGGAGGGAGACAAAGAUGAUGAUGACUCCAUGGUAAUACAGUAAGACACAGUGAAAGGGAGAUAAGAGUGUGAGAGAGAAGGGGUAGUGCGUCCUCAACAAGUCAUUGACCACAUGCACUUUAAUAACCUUCAGCAUCCUGACCUCCCACUUCAAAGGGCUUUCCAGUGAACUGCAGCUUAGUCAGCACACAGGCACAUUUGGCUAAUCGGUCCCCAUUGUAAAGUUUGUGAGUAAUCAGGCAGCUCGUAAAGGCUUUAAAGACUUUGUAAAGGAGGGAAAGACACUCUGAUUUGCACAUAAACUCGCGCGCAGUCUCACACUGCGAACACACACACUGCUCUGCACUGCACUCUGGGGGGGUUACAGCUUCUUUUGAUACUUCAAUUCAUCUCUAUUUAUUGUCACCGCAUGAACAGUAUUAGCCAGAUCUGAAUUUAGCACGCCUCUGUGUGUGUGUGUGUGUGUGUGUGUGUGUGUGUGUGUGUGUGUGUGUGUGUGUGUGUGAAAGGAAAGUUUCGACUCGCUGCCAUCUUUAGAUUGCUGAGGCAGCGAAAACUUCCAAAUCACACCGUGAACAAUGAAAAAGCAGGAGAAAAGAUGAAAAGAAGGGAAACAGCGGG